AGAGCGCGGGCGAAGAUGGCGGCGCUGGCGCGGGCGCUGCGGGCGCUGCGAGCGCUGCCCGGCGGGGCCCGGGGCCGCGCGGGGCCGAGCGGGGCCCUGGCGCUGCCGCGGCCGCUCGGCGCUGACCCGCACGAGGAGGAGCCAAUGCUGGCGGCGCAGAAGAAGAACCCCGACUAUCACGGGUUCUCAGCCGAGCCCGACGUUGACGUGCUGAACAUGCACGCGGUGUUCUUUACCGGGGUUUCUGUCGCCAUCGUUCUCGGCUCCGUGUUCCUGCACUACCUGCCCGACUACGGGCUGAUGGAGUGGGCCCGGCGCGAGGCCGAGAUCCAGGUGCGGGAGCGGGAGCGGCUGGGGCUACCCCUGCUCACCUCCAACUACUACGACCCCGCCCGGCUCUCCCUGCCCCCCCCGGAGUGACCUGGACCACCCCGAGUCUCCGCGGUCCCCCCUGGGGGGCCGGGGGGUUCCCACUGUCGGUCUGUGAAUAAAGCGCUGGGUUUCGUCA